AUGCUGACGAAAUGGUUUGAAAUAAAUCAGAGUAAUGUUUCAGUUAGAAACUUGACUUUUGUGGAGUUUCCGAGUAAGUGGACUUGGAAGCAAAAUAGACAACAAUGGGAGUUCAGAUUGCAAGGUAGGUGUAUUGGAAGGCUACCAUAUGCACAUGCUCACUCUGGUGAGCGAUACUAUUUGAGAACGUUGCUGCAUAAAAUUCGUGGUGCACGAAGUUAUGAACAUUUGAAAACUAUUAAUGGAACUGUACAUCCAACAUUCAAAGCUGCAUAUGCAGUACUUGGUCUUCUAAAUGAUGAUAAUGAGUGGAAUGAAGCUUUAGCUGAAGCAUCUACAUGGGCAUUUGCAAAAAAUUAUGAAACAUAUUCUGUCUAUCUAAAUUUGAGAAAUUCAUACAAAAAUAGUACUUACCUCAAGGAACAUGCUAUUUUGGCUCCAAAAAUGGGUGAUGUUCACAAAUUGAAUAAUAAGAUGCUAUCAAUGCUUCCUGAUCAAUCACGUGCUUACAUGAGUGUUGAUACUUUUUGCAAUACUGAAAGUGACAAUGUUGAAAAUAUGAAUCCUCCUAAAAUGUUGCACUCUUUGAAUUUUCCUGAACUUUCAAAUCAUUUUUUGGAACUUAAAGAAGGAACUCCUAUAAUUCUUUUCAGAAAUCUCAAUCAAUCAGAAGGUCAUUGCAAUGGAACACGACUUGUUGUCACCAGAAUGGGGGAUAAAGUUCUUAAGACAGAAGUCAUAACAAGAUCUAAUAUUGGAGAUUUAGUGCUCAUACCUCGGAUCUCUUUAAUGUCACAAAGCUCACGGACUCCUUUUCCAAUUAAAAGGAGACAAUUUCCUAUGAAAGUGGCAUUUGCAAUGACUAUCAACAAAAGUCAAGGCCAAACAUUGAAAAAUGUUGGCGUUUACCUUCCUAAACCUGUGUUUUCACAUGGUCAACUUUAUGUUGCUCUUUCUUGUGCUACUUCACCAGUUGGAUUGAAAAUACUAAUUGUUAAUAGAGAUAAUGAUCCAUGGGAUUACACAAAAAAUAUUGUGUAUCAUGAGAUUUUUGACUCCCUUUGA